UGCACUACUGCUUCAUUAGGGGGCUGCACAAUCGCAAUACUAAUAAUAUAUCUUGAGCUUCUUGAUACCUCAGAGAUAAGCCUUCCAAAUUAUAUGCCUCGUCUAAGUAUUUGGUCAACAGAAAUCAUUAUGGCAUAUGUUGAGCUUGACAAAAUGAAUGAUGAUGGCACAAAUUUUGGAAGAAUCCCUCUGAGAGAUAUCAGGAGGUCAUGUUUUUGCACUCACUAUCCCAUCUCAGAUGGCAUUUUCAUCGAUACAAACAGUGACAUGGAACACAAGUUGUCAACAAUUCUUCCAGAGGACUAUUACACUAAGAUAAGCCAAGCUGCAAGAAUUAUCCGCGACACAAACAACAGCUCCAUGUGCAAAUUGACAAACAUUUCAAAUGACAAGUGUUCCACCCAGGUUCCUGUUUCUUUAUCAGCAAUUGAAACUAGAGCAAUUAGUGCACUUGCAGUGGCAUUUGAUUAGUCAAAUUCAACAUCUACAAUAGCUUUGCAGAGUAAUGAUCCACAUGACAAUGGAAAAACCAAGUUAGUUACACCCGCUGAACCUCUUGAUGCUGCAGUCAAUUAUGAAAUGGCAUGUCACAAUGAGCAUUUGCCUUCAAAAUACAUGCUCCCCCCACUAGAGUUUCAAGUCCCUGAAAUCAUUGAUGCUCAAACUGAAGCUGCAGAAAUUUUUGAGAAUUUCAUUGAUGAAUUGGAGCCAAUACAUUUAGAGGAUGAUGUUGAUAUUUGCUCUAGUCAGACCACUUUUAUGGCAGAUCUGCAGAAACUAAUUUUUGGCACUCAGCAGUUGGAUCUUGCACCACAACAAGAGUCAGCCAACCUCAGCAAUUUUACCUUUUCAUUAGUAAAAUUAGGCAUGGAGUAUGGUUCAGUUGAUGGACAUUUACCUCCUGUAGAACAGAAAGUGCAGCUUCAAGGUGA